AUGCCACCGGCAAGGAGAAAGGUUGCUGCCUGCAAAAAUGCUUCCAACACAAGAAGACAGAUAUCCUCUUCCUCAUCCUCGUCCUCUCCUGAAAGGCAAAGAAUGCCCACCCCACCACCAUCCCCUGCCAGAGAACCUACUCCACUGCCGCCGCCACAACCACGAAGGGCUUUCCAAGAACAAGCCCUCAAUGCCAUCACCGACGAGUGGGAGCCAAGAUUGUUUCCAAGAAAGAAGGGCUGGGAUUUCUUCUUGAAGCACAUACAACGGAAAAUUAUUACCGAAAGGGGAAUCGGUGAAGACGGCGCAACUUUCGCCUAUAUCAAGCACCAUGGUUGGGAGACCUUCUCCAACCCACUUGUCAAGCCUAGGAUCACAGAAGCUAUUAGGGCCAUCUGGAAGUUACAAAGAGUCAGCACUGAUUACAGGGAAACCCUUGCUGCCCUGCAUCCGAAUCAACCGCUGGAACAAGCCGUUCUGUCUAGAUUGGCAAAAGAAGGCACAAGCUGGGAGAUGGAUGAUCAAGAAAACCCUCUGGGAUUUCCAGCAAACGCGUUGCAGACGCCUGAUCUGAAUUUGUGGCACCAUUUCAUCUGCUGCAAUCUAAUGCCAACAUCCUACACCGCUAAGGUCACCUAUGAGAUGGCUCUGCUGCUGUAUGCCAUUUUCACGGAUACACCAUUUGAUGCAGCCUCAGUCAUCAGAGAUCAACUCACUAGAUGCAUCACUGAUCCAAGGGUGAAGAGCUGGUAUUUUCCAAUUAUGAUCACCAUGCUUUGCAAGAGGGCAGGGGUGACCUUCCUACACAUAGACGCAGAGAGCAGCUUGCAGCAACCAUUGAGGAUGCAUAAGUUGGACCAGAAACCCCCAGGUGCCUCAUCCUCAGGACAAGCAACAUCCACUCCUACUCUAGCUGGACAAUUGAGGCAGAGGGAUUUCAACAAGCAGACCGGGUUCAUCCUGGAUUAUGUCCACCAAUGCCAGAUGAGGACGGAGAAAUUCCUACAGGAAAUGCACAAGUGCAUUGGAUGCCCUGAAAAUUGCCCAAUGCCGCAUGAUCCACCAGUCCAUCCACUCCAUGGCAUGCCUCAAUGA